AACACGCGCUCCCACCAGAGCAGUGACGCGGCCCCGGUGUUGUAUGCUUGGAUAACAGGCGUUGGAGGUCAGUUAAACUCCAAAAUGUCGGUUGCUGCUCUCACGUCCUUGAGCCGCUGUGGUGUUUUGGCGUUCCGCUCCCCCGCAGGAGUGGUGGCGGUGCGGUACGCUCAAACAGCAGCGGUCCCAGUAGCUCAACCCAGAAUAAAGAAGUUCCAGGUGUACAGAUGGGACCCAGACACUCCAGGAGACAAACCACGCAUGCAGACCUACGACAUCGACCUCAACACUUGUGGCCCAAUGGUUCUUGAUGCCUUGAUAAAGAUCAAAAAUGAGAUGGACUCCACUUUGACUUUCCGCCGCUCCUGCAGAGAAGGUAUUUGUGGGUCCUGUGCAAUGAACAUUAAUGGAGGAAACACACUUGCCUGUCUCAACAAGAUUGACACCAACAUUAGCAAGCCAACAAAGAUUUACCCUCUACCACAUAUGUAUGUGGUCAAGGACCUGGUACCUGACAUGAGUAACUUCUACGCCCAGUACAAGUCUAUUGAACCCUACCUGAAGAAGAAGGAUGACUCAAUGGAAGGAAAAGAGCAGUACCUGCAGUCCGUGGAGGACAGACAGAAACUGGACGGGCUGUAUGAAUGUAUCCUGUGCGCCUGCUGCAGUACAAGCUGCCCCAGCUACUGGUGGAAUGGAGACAAAUACCUUGGGCCUGCUGUGCUGAUGCAGGCGUAUCGUUGGAUGAUCGACUCGCGAGACGAGUUCACAGAGGAGCGUCUGUCCAAGCUGCAGGAUCCUUUCUCCCUAUAUCGCUGCCACACCAUCAUGAACUGCACCAAGACCUGCCCCAAGGGCCUGAACCCAGGAAAAGCAAUAGCUGAGAUCAAGAAAAUGAUGGCCACAUACAAAGAGAAGAAGGUGGCUUCUGUCUGAAACCUCAGUAGUCCUCUUCUACAACUUUUCCCUCCAUGAUCAAAUUAAAUAUUAAAAUGUUAUUAUAUCAAUAUAUUGAUGCUUUUUGAGGUCUGAAUGGCCUGUACACCAGUCAGCUUCACCACUACCACCACACUGCAGACUGCAGUCAACUGUAACGGGAAUGUGUGUGUGGUUGGAGGACUUAAAUAAACGCAUGUACAGGAUGAAUGCACAAGAGUCUGUGUGUCUAUGUGUGUCUUACAUGUACCAUAACAGAGGUUUUUAUCUUUAAUGCAACUAUUUGUACGGUUGUGCAAUUGGGUGACAUGUUGCUGCAUGUCAUAGUAAAAAUAAGUUUUCUUGUGUGUGAACUUUUUUUUUUUUAACUCGCUGCUUUUCAGCGGUUGCUUCAUUUAAAGACAUACAGUGUAUACGUUCCCUCAGACCAUCCAACACACCAGCAGCAGUCAUUCUUUUGAUUGGAAAUAAAUAGUUGAAAUGCCUGCA